AUGGUCAACACCAUCUUCAUCACAGGUGCCAGCUCUGGCAUCGGGCUCGCUUCUGCCAGGCUCUUCUUCGAGAAGGGCUGGAACGUCGUCGCGACGAUGCGCACCCCAGAGAAGGACACUGAGCUCAAGGAGCUCGCCUCGGGCCGUAUGCUCAUCCUCCGCCUCGACGUGCAGGACCUGGCCAGCAUCGCGCCUGCCGUUGACGCUGCUCUCGCCAAGUUUGGCUCGAUUGACGUGCUCCUGAACAACGCAGGGUACGGCCAGCUCGGGCUCUUCGAGAUGACGCCGCGCGAGAAGAUACAGGAGCAGUUCGGCGUUAACCUAUUUGGCCUGAUGGACGUGACGCGCGCUGUGCUCCCGCACUUCCGCAAGCACAAGAAAGGCGGGAUCAUCAACGUCAGCUCUGGCGUGGGGUACUCUGGCAUGCCGAUGAUGUCGACGUACGCCGCGAGCAAGUUCGCACUGGAGGGCUUCACGGAGGCUCUCGCGAUCGAGCUCGCGAGCCAGGGCGUGUUCGUCAAGUUGGUUGUUCCGCAUGACGGGAUCGGCGAGACGAGCUUCAGCGCCCGCGCGAGGUCGUCCGCUGCCUUGGACGCCGCGCUCAUGCCAGACUACGGCGCGUUCAUGGAGAAGUCCAUGGAGGCGAUUGGAAAGUUGAGUGUGGCGAAGGGGACCGAGGCCAAGGACGUUGCGCAGGCGAUAUUCGAAGCGGCGACAGACGGUACGGAUCGACUGCGGUAUUUUGUGGGAGAUUAUGAGCAUAGCUUUAUCAAGGUGAGGUACGGGUCAAAGAAUGACCAGGAGUACGUUGCAUAUGUGCGUUCUUUCUUCCAGUAG